GCGCUGACGUAAUUACUUAUCUUUCAUUUGUACUACCUCACCAUGUACAACAGCCGCAACUCUUCCAGGACAUCCUCAAAAAUACGCAUUGGAGACACUGAAGCCUUUGUUUUGAGCAGCGACGAUUCUGAGGUGGAAAAUUUCGAAACCAAAUAUAUCUCGAACUAUCUCAACACGAACGACAAAGGACCAAGCUCAGGAAAUGUCGCCCAUCCGCAAAGCAGCUCCAGAAUCGUCAAACGAGGCAAUAGAGGGAAGCUGGAAGGUAUGCUCAAACUUCCCUUGGAUCUGGAAUUGGAGAUAUACAGCUAUCUUGAACCACUUGACCUUCUUCGACUUUCUCGAACAUCUAAAGACUUGCGUGUCUUUCUUAUGUCCCGAAGUAAUGCCAUUGUCUGGCGUGCAGCACGCUCGAACGUUCCUGACCUCCCUCCUCUUCCGUCUGAUCUUUCGGAACCUGAGUAUGCGAAUUUGGUUUUUGCUUCCUAUUGCCACAUGUGCAUGCGUAGACCUUGCGAAACCGUCAUUUGGCAAUGCCGCGUUCGUUGCUGCAAUAGAUGUUUUGAUUCUACAUUCUAUUCCCGCUCGAAUUUGCACUCUGUCUGGAAAAGAAGCUACGCAUCAACGUUCAUCGUCUUCAAAGCAGCUGCGGAGUACAUCCCUUGUGUGAAGGUUGCUCCCUGGAAAGGUCCUUGGAACGGAGAAGACAAGGUAUUUUUCCCUCCGAACGUCCGAACCUUGAGGCACAAAUAUCGGCUGGUUAGGAAAGGCGAGAUGGGUCAGGAGGAAUGGGUGGCACAGCAAAAGCAAUUGUACGAAGAGAUAAUGGAGCACACCGCUGCGUGCUCUGAUUGGCAAAAGGCUAACAACGAUAAACGUGCAGAAGAGCUUCAGAUUACUCGAUCCAAACGAAAAUCUCUCAUCUACAAUAAACUCCAGGCUCUCGGCUGGGGUGAUGAAAUCGAUAGAUUGGAUGCGGAAGGGAGCACACUGCUUUCAACACACAAAUUUGUCCGUCAAGCAAAGGAUCUCACAGAUAAAGCGUGGACUGGAAUACAACCGCAGCUGGUGAAGCUACUAGAAGAGAGUCAACAAAGACGUCUGUGAAUAGAGAUCUCGAUCACCUUCACAUCUUGCGACAAAGUAUCUCGGUUGUUAUUUUUUUCAGACAUCAGAUUCGAUUUGCUGUCGGAGUAGUGUAGAAGAUUUUUUUUGUUGCCUGCCUUUUCGAUGUUCAGUCCUCCCACCAGUAUGGUUCUUGGAUGUUCCUAAUAGAUUAUUUAUGCAUCACAAUUCCCUCGAUCCGUUACAAAGAUAGUAUUCAUAGUAUCAU